AUGGCUGUCACAUCGACCAUACUCUACCCGAACACCCCGGGCAAGAAUUUCGACCUCAAGUACUAUCUCAACACGCACAUGCCGCUCACCGAGAAAAUCUGGGGCCCCCUAGGCUUGACAUCGUGGAGAGUGGUUGAGUUUAAGGCUGGGGCCGACGGUGGGCCGCCGCCGUAUCGCCUGAAGACCGAGACAAUGUGGGAGAGCCGGGAGAAGCUGGAUGCGGCAGUGACGAACGAGCAGACAAGUGCCAUCUUCGGCGAUGUCGCCAACUUCACGGACGAGACUUGGAUUGAGAUCCGUUACCAGUUCCAAUACUUGAGAAGUCCAGCCGAAGGAUCCUUGUGCUCGUUCGAGGAUGAGGUCUUGGAGUUCAUCUCCAUGCCGGCGUAG